AUGGCCACCUCCACCUCAGCAGGCAGCCUGCUCUCGGCAGCCUCACAACGCAAAGUCGCCCGCUCCGCUCGCAUCUCCAGCUGGGACCAGACCGGACUGAACGAGGAUGCCUUUGUCGUCCUCCCCGGCGAGACGGCCACACUGGCCGACAUCGAAGGACCUGGCACCAUUACCCAUCUCUGGUUCGUGCAGACCUGCCGCCGCAUCUUGGGCCCGGGCUUGAUCCCAUACUCCAAGUCUGGCGUGGCCAUGAUGGAGAUCCACAAUGCGCUGGGGUUGAAUUAUGAAGACAAUGAUCCAGACUACUACCGCAAGAUUGUCAUCAAGAUGUACUGGGACGACUCCGAGACUCCCAGCGUCGUCGCUCCGAUUGGAGACUUUUUCUGUGUCGGUCACUCCAUGGCGGCGAACUUCCAAUCCAUGCCGUUCACUGUUUCGGUCAAGCCCAGCGAGGAAAAGAAAUUCGGCGGAGCGACGGCACUCAACUGCUACCUGCCCAUGCCCUUCAACAGCCGGGCCCGCAUCGAGAUUGAGAACCAAGGCGAACACGCCUACUUCCAAUACUUCUACAUCGACUACGACCUCCUCCCAAACCCGCACGACACCGACCAACUGCUCUACUUCCACGCCCACUGGCGAAGAGAGAACCCCACCUCCGGCUGGGCCCCGAACAACAUGCAGACCAACUCCCUCGAGACCCAAGUCCCCAACCUCACCGGCGACGGCUACACCAUCCUCGAAACCACCGGCGCCGGCAACUUCAUCGGCUGCAACCACUCCGUGCUGCACUUCCAAGGCACCUGGUGGGGCGAAGGCGACGACCUCAUCUUCGUCGACGACGACACCUGGCCGCCCAGCAUCCACGGCACCGGCGGCGAGGACUACUUCAACCAGGGCUGGGGCAUGCAGAAGAACGCCUACCCCUUCUGCGGCACCAUUAUCCACGAGGAGGACGUCCCGGGUUACCAGGUCAGCUACCGGUGGCACCUCGCGGACCCGGUGCGGUUUAAUAGCAAGAUCAAAGUCAAGCUUGAGCAUGGACACGCCAACCAUCUGCGAGACGACUGGUCGACCACGGCGUACUGGUAUCAGACGAUGCCCGGCCCGAAGCUCGACAUCCUGCCUGUGGCGCAGCGCCUGCCGAACCGACCGAAGAUCGAGCCGCCGCCGGAGCCGUCUGCAUCGCGGGAGCUGACGGAGCAGCAGAAGUCGAACAUCGAAGCGAGGGAGAAGCGGUUCAAGGAGUUUGUGGAGGAUCGGAAUCAGUGGUUGGAGCGCCGGGCGAAGGCGUCGAAGGAGAGGGCGGAGAGCAAUGUUGAGAUUGCGAGGGAUGUGAGGAGGAGGUUUAUGGAGAGCUUGGGGAAGAAGUAG